CCUGCUGCUUCUAACAUGUCUACUUUCCGCCGGACAGGGCAACUACUACUCCAGAAGAAACGAAAACUUGACCAAUCCUUAGAAAGUGGAGAGUCUUCAGUAGACCAUGGACAGGCAAUAGAGAAAAACAUUCACCUUAAUGUCAAGAAAUUGGUUACUACUCUUUCCUGUGUAACCAAUUUUGCUGACAUUAUUGGUGACAGAUUGGAUGACCAAACUGUCCACAACUCAUGCAUUUCAUCAACUGGUGUGUCCACCAGCAUAGAAGGCCAUGAAGAAAAGCAAACUAACUCUUACUCUGCUCCAUCAACUGUGGACCUUGUUUCUCCGUCAGUUGUCAUGGAUGGAUCAGUGCAUGAUGGCUCACACUCGUGGAGUCAGCAAGACAUGGCUUCCCGAAAUCAACCUCCGGAGGAUCCUAGCGAGAUCGGUUCGGACUUUUCAGAUGCGGACGAGGAGUCAAAUGUAACGAUCCGAAGGCGAGUGUUCUCUCUAUUGUACUUAGACGACGAGUACCCUCCAAGACCCAUGGUACCAAUCGGCCCCGCAUUCCAGGCGGAAAUCCCCAUAUGGGUGGGCACGUGCACCAAAGACAAUCACAACACCUUGGAAAGCACAAAAUAUAUAGGCACCCGCGUUUGGCCUAUCGAAGACGGAAGCAAUGGACAAGGAAGGCAUGAGCUUUGCUCUUGUAAGUCAGCAGGAUCAGCUAACUGCAUUGAAAGGCAUGUGUAUGAAUCCACAUUGAACUUCAAGCUUGAUCUCGGCCCGGCUUUCUGGACUCGGGAGUUCGAUGAAAUGGGAGAGGAAGUCUCGAGGACAUGGACAAUGAGAGAAGAAAAUCGGUUCGAGAUGCUCAUGAAAACAAAUCCGCUGGUGAACCAGCAAGCUUCUGGGACAAAGCGUCGAAGUGCAUUCCGACCAAGAGCAAGGACAGCAUCUUGAGCUACUAUUACAAUGUGUUCGUCCCCAAACGAAAUGCCAUGCAGUUGAGGUCGUCGACUGAGCAAAUUAAUAGUGACGAGCCUGAGUCUGAUGAAUGAUGGGAAAAUUUGAAGCUUGUGAGUUCAUCGAGACCUCAAUAUUUCCAUUGGUUCUUCUAUAUAAUUAUGCCAGUACUCUGCAUUUAGUCGUUAUUUAUUUCCGUACGUUCCAUUAUGUGGGUAGUUCAUUAUGUUAUGAUUUGCUGUUGAUCAUUGAUGGGGACAUUUGCAUAAUUAAUAAUUAACCAAUUGAUGGGAAUUUAUGGUCGUUGUAUCAAAUGUUCUAUGCUA